UGGCGCCUGCCGCUUGAAUACGAAACGAACUCUGAGGAAGACCGGAGAGGCGCUACCGGUACCCAUGGUAACUUGGGUUACCGACCUUUUGUGGAAACUGUAUUGCCUACGGGGCGCAGAGGCCGCCCCCAGUUUUCGUGAGUCCGCUUGAGACGCACAGUGACGCAAUUCCAGAGCGCGCCGGUGCCCGGUUGGCUGGCGGGCGGGCUCUUCAAAUUUGAAUCUUACAUAGUUGUGGGUGUUAAGGAGCUCCUGGCUGCUGGUUGGUGCGGGCGAGGGUCGGAGGCGCGACCCUGAGACGCCUGGGCCCGCAUCCACACUAAGCUGAGUCGGGACCGCUGUCGCCUCUGUCUGCCAGGCCCUUCACUCCAGGUUCUUCUGGGCCCCUGCUGAAGAUCUGUCCUUAAAAUUGUGUCUGAAUAAGUUUUCUAAUAGAGGAAAUCCUGUUUAUCAAGAUGAUUACAACACCUUUGAAACGUCCAGGAAUUCACUUGUCCUCAGAGACAUCUUCUCAAAGGAGAAAUAUGCCCAUUCAUGCAGUCUUUUUUGAUAGCAUUCCUUCAGGCACACUUACUCCUGUAAAAGAUUUGGUGAAAUAUCAGAACUCCUUUUUAAAAUUGAAUGACCAUAAGGAGAACCAAUUCUUAGAAAUGCCAAUUUCUAAAGAUAAAAUUGUAUUCCAAUCUACCAUGCUAGCAGAGCCUUGCACCUCUAAUAGUUUUCUUAACAUCAGUGCUAUAAAGCCCAACAAGGAUGUAUUGAAAAAUAAAGCAAACUAUGAAUCGCCAGUAAAAGUAUUUCAAAGAAUGAAAGAAAAAGUAAUGCGUAACAAGCAAGAACAAGCAUCAAGAAACAAUAAUGUGUUGGAACCACCAAAAAGUGAAAGUAACAAAAUUUUCACACGUAAUGGAGCUGAGAAAAGAGUGUUACAGCAUACCUACCUCUGUGAACAAAAGGAAAACAACAAAUCACUUCAUUCAGAGAACAGCUCAUUAAAAGUGACUAAUAUCAAUACAACUCAACUUCUUUCUUCAAAAAAAAUCUCAGACUCAGCCCAAAAAGUUCCUCUAGAACCAUCAAGUAAUAUUUUACUCCCAGUAAAGCCAAUGAUUCAAUGUCAACAGGCAAAGAAAACACCUCUGCACAACUUAACUUAUGAGCUUCCAAUUCUGAACCAAGAAUGUGAAAAUAUUUCAGCUGCAGAAGUCUCAAAUAGAGUGUUAACUAGAUCUCAGCUGGGGAAACAAAUUCUUCUUUCAAAGGAGAAUACAAUUGCAACCACCAAGUUCAAAAAGAACAUGUUUGUUUUAGAAGGCAUUGAUUCUGCCUAUGAAAAAUCCCAAAAUACUACUGUUGAGACUCUCAAUACUAACUGUGUUUCUAUUAAAAAUGGCUGUCAAUUAACGGUUUCUGAUAGUAAAGUAACAACAAAAGGAACUUCACGACCAGAAAUUAAGGAAGGAAAUGAGAAGACAAUGCCCGGCGAAAGUGCUCUUCCAGGUUCUGUAAAUGACACAUGUAAAAUUGUGCUUGCAACUCCAAGAGUCGAUGUAACAAUACCUCGGAGAUCAAAAAGAUACGCUUCAAGGCUUCCUCUGCCAAGUAUAUGUCAAACUAUCACAGAUGGAGUUAAAAAUAAUAAGGUAGUCCAACUACAGGAAUGGAUGAUUAAAAUCAUCAACAAUAACACUGCUAUAUGUGUAGAAGGAAAACUGAUAGACAUCACUAACAUAUAUUGGCACAGUAAUGCAAUCAUAGAACGAAUUGAACAAAACAAACUUAGGACAUUAUCAGGCAACAUUUAUAUAUUAAAAGGAAUGAUAGAUCGGAUUUCCAUGAAAGAAGCAGGAUAUCCAAAUUAUCUCAUAAGGAAGUUUAUGUUUGGCUUUCCAGAAAAUUGGAAAGAGCACAUUGAUAAUUUUCUAGAACAAUUAAGGGCCUAUGAAAAGAAAAGGAGAGACACACAAAAACAGAAAAAUGGAAGAAUUGUCCCUGACAUAGGAAAAUCAAUGAAAAAUGAUGCAGGAGAAAACCGAACAUAUGUCCUCCAAAGAACCAGCAGAAUUUAUGACUUUGAUUGUAAACAUUUAGAACUGAAGAAUAAUAAACACAGUAAGUCGCCAGUAACUACAGAAUUAAACAUUUGCCAGAGUUAUCACCAAAAUAAGCCACCACUCAUGUUCCCAAGUGACCAGAUAGAUAAUACUGUUCAAAGUGGAGGAGAAUAUAACUUAUCUAAUCAGGAAUUGAUUGGAAAAAAAGAAUGUAAAAAGUUGUCUUCAGAGAAACUCAAAAAUUGUAAAAGAAGAACAGAUGAAAAGAUAAUUGAGAGUCAGAAGCAAGAGCAAACUGAAGAAUCGAAUGUAUCCCUUGAUAUUAUCAUCUCAAGAGAAUCACCUUUCUCAGACAAAGAAAGAAAAUAUAUGACUGCUAACCAGAAGAAGGCUUAUGUUGUAGUAACACCUCUGAAAUCUAAAAAUGUGAUAAAGCAAAAAUGUGUGAAGUAUAAUGUGUCCUCUGCUACCAUUAAAGCAGUAACAGAUUUUAUAGUGCCAAAGCUUCAAAGAGAAAGUGAAUCAGACUUAAAUGAAACUACAUGUCCUAUCAGUAAGCCCAGAAAGACUUCCAAAAAAGCAUUUGAGUGUGGUGCGGGUCAUGAAAGUGGAAACAAUGAAGAUAGCAUUGAACGAGAUAUACUCACUGUCAACCAGAAAAUUAUACCUAGUUCUGAAAAGAAACAAAUGGUCACUUUUGACUUUAAGGAAAAUACAGCAUUGUUACCAAAAUUGAAGAAGAUUGAAAAGCAAGUAACUAUGUCAUUCAACAAGCAUCAGUCCUCAGAUUUGUCUGCUGACAAGAGUGAAACAGAAAAGAAAAUUAGAAGAAAAGCUGGAAGUGUUAAGGAAAUCAAAGCAAGAAAUACCAAAGAAACAGUAGUUCACCAGAGGAAAAGCAGAAGGGAUACCACAGGGAAAAUCCCAGUGAUUUCUGAAACUGAAGGAAGUGAAAAUGAAUUUCAUAUCAAAAAAAAGAAAGCUAGAUGUUCUAAAAAAAAUGUUCAGAAAUCCGGUAUUAGGAGUGAGUUGCCAAUUUCUGACACAGUGAGAUCUGAGAUGAAGAGUUAUUCCUUAGAAUGCUUACCUGGUUUAAUUCAGAAUGAGGAAUGGAAUGAAAAAGAAAUACAGAAGCUUCAUUGUGCUUAUGCAUCUCUUCCUAAGCAAAAACCUGGUUUCUGGUCAGAUGUAGCUAUGGCUGUAGGUUCUUGGUCUGCUGAAGAAUGCCAGAGGAAAUACAUGGAAGAUUCCCAAGGAAAUGGAUCCCAGACACAUGUGACUAAGAAAAAGCCAGCCAAUCCCAAAAGCAAAAAAAAUGGCAAGAGAAAGAGAGAUGAUACGGAUCAGGAGCAAACUAUUAAGAUAACAGCCAAAGUGGGAACUCUUAAAAGGAAGCAGCAGAUGAGGGAUUUUCUGGAACAGUUGCCAAAAGAUGACCAUGAUGAUUUUUUCAGUACAACACCUUUGAAGAAUCAAAGAGUACUGCUGCCGAAUUUCCAGUACAGUCAAGAAGAGGAGGAUAUUCUGCCAAAUAUGGACAGAAAUCCAACAACUCCGUCAUCAGUUAUCUUUCCAUUGGCAAAAACUCCUCAGUGUCAGCAUGUCAGUCCUGGAAUGCUAGCCCCUAUAAACAGGUUGAAAGUGACUUUUCAACUCCAACAUCAAGAAGAAAAACCCCAUUUAACAAAGGAGAAAACUCUAAUAUUGGAAAACUUUUCACUAAUGCUAUGGAGUCUUUGGAUGAAGAAGAGCAAGAUUAUUAUUUUUCAAACUCUGAUUCUGCAUAGUAAAAAUGAGAAAACAUUUCCAGUAUUUUUAUCAAGAAGCAGACAGCUCUUUGUACCUUCACUUGGAGUACAUAUAUUUUCUAUAACUUAUUUUGAAAUUGUGGGCUCCUUUUCAAAGAUUGUACAUGUUUGUAUUCAAAACUAAAGAUCCUUCUAUAGAAUAUUUGUCAUUGCUGCAGCUUACUAAAAUUAUAAGGAAAAUUGAUUGCUUGUAGAUAUUUCUAAAUUUCUGUUUUUGCUAUGUUAAAAUAUAUGUAUAUGUAAAUGGUCUCUCAUAAGCAUCUAAGUUUAAGAAAAUCAUGUUCCAAACUGAAUUGUUUAAAAGCUUUCAAGAAAAUGUUGCUAUCUUUAAGGGAGGAGGUGGGGAAGAAUAAAAGAUAGAUUGUACUGGUAGCUACUGAGUAAAACUAACAUUUUCCAGUACUGCAUAUAUAGGCCAGAGUUGAUAUGAUGUUUACAUGUUGUUGAAACUAUUUGAUAUGCUUUCUUUUCUCCAGAUUGUUUUUCUUAAAACUUGCAAUUGGUAUAUCUAUUGAACCUAUGUAAAUUUUAAUUUAUUGCUUUCUCAUUAUUGUAUUAGAUAGGAUCAGAGAACAGAUUUUGUUGCAUUCUGAAGCCUUAUUUACAUAUGCAAACAGCUUAAAUUUGGUCUCAGUAUUAAAAAGACUAGAUGAGACAGACGUUCAAGUAGUAGGUCUGCUAUUGUAAGGAGUCAAGUUAACAUGUCACAGUAAACAUUGUUUUCCUUUCAGAUAGCUCUUUUAGGGGAGAAAAAAACUUAUUUUAGCUUAUUCUGCCAUUAUGUUUUAAAAUUUGACACAGAAUGUUCCUCUGUGGUUACAGUACACGUUCACCUACCCUUCUCUCCAGUUAGGUUGUUCAAAUAAAAUUAGUUUGCUUUUAUAAUA